AUGAACUGGAAUUCCUUUGUUGAUUUUAUUCAGAAAAUCGCCGCUGGAACAUCAAUUUUUAUGAAUUGUAUUCUCACAAUUCUAAUCCUUUUCAAAUCUCCAAAACAACUUGGAUCUUAUAAAUAUUUGAUGAUUUACAUUGUUUGGUUCGAAAUCUUAUAUUCAAUUCUAGAUGUUAUCAUAACUCCAAUCAUGUUUUCCCACGAAUCUAUUGUAAUGGUUAUCGUAUUCAAGAAAUAUUCCCCGAUUCCUCAUCAAGUAUUGCUCAUCUUAAUCGCUGCUUAUGGUGCUUGUUUUGGAAUAUCAAUGGGAAUUUUUGGGUUGCAUUUCAUUUAUCGAUAUUUUGUCUCGACUGGUUCGAAUUAUAUGAGCACAUUUAAAAAAGGCCGAAUUUUUUAUUGGAUGUUGAUUCCAAUAAUUUAUGGGUUGAUUUGGGGAUCUGUUUGUUUUUUCUUGCUUGGACCUUCUGAAGAAAUCAAUCAUAUAGUUGCUAAUAAACUUAUGUUAACUUUUGGCUGGGAAAUUCAUGAUAUUUCCUAUCUUGGCCCAUAUUUUUAUCAAAUUCAACCUGAUGGCUCAUAUAAAAUUGGCUGGAAUUCGGUUGUCGGUGUUGUUAUAGCAUGGACAAUCUUAUUCUCCUCUUUGGUUGCAAUAAUUUAUUGUGGAAUCAAAUGUUAUCUAUAUAUAAAUUCUAUGAUCAAUAUCACAAAUAGUAGUGUCUCGAAAAAUUUGAGGAAUCUUCAAGCGCAGUUAUUUUAUGCUUUAGUUACACAAACUGCAAUUCCAGUUAUUCUGAUGCAUAUUCCACUUUCAAUUGUUAUUCUUUUCUCAUUUCUUGAUAAGGAUUUAGGAACAUUGAGUGGUAUAACAUCAAUUACAAUUUCCCUGUUUCCAGCAUUGGACCCACUUCCAACAAUGUUUAUUAUCAAAAAUUAUCGAACCACUAUUUUUGGUAAGAUUAUUUGA